AGUACAUCUCAUUCUGACCCGACAACAAGAUUGCACCUCCGAGUAUUCACAUCACGUAAACUUGCACUUCUAAGAACCCAAACCGCCGUGACAGGCCUCUCAGCCGUCUAGUCCUACUCCUUCGAGCCUCCUGGUUGCGACGCAAUAACCACACUUCCAACCCGCAUUCAUCAUGCCUCGAGGCGCACGCUUCAGCUUCACCUACAACAGCAUAGUCUUGGACCACAAAGCCAUCCAGACGCGCAAGGCAAUGAGCCGAGUCAAAGCGAACUACCACCUCUUUCUCAAAAACCAGCCACGAGCGCCACAACUCAAAACACAAGACCUGGGUCCAUCCAGAAAAUGGGAGGUGCCUAGGAUGAGGAACCUCGAAGCGUGAACAUCACGUAAAUGCAAGGGCAUUUGUACAACAGAAAGAGCCUGGUGUCUGGCGUUUGGACCGGAUGUCGUUUUUGUGUAUUGACAUGACUGAUCUCAGCUUUUCAUACUAUGUACGAGAAUCUCAUCUCUACUCCGC